AUGCCAGCAUUAUCACUCGGAACGAAUGUAACAAAUAAUGUUGUAUUACACGAGCACAACAAAGAAGAAUCGGUUUUUAUUUACGACAAGGGCUUCGAAAUAAAGCGACAAAUAUUCGAGAAGUUUCCAGCGGUCAACAAAAUGAUUGCAUUGAAUGAUCAUUUUGUUGUUUCGAUAUGUGGCGAUAAUCUUCACGUUUACUGGCUCAAAACUAAAAAGACCGUUCGUUAUGAGCUUCCGGCGAAGGUACCUCAAGCUAAUAAGAAACGAUUUACCUGUGUCGCCUGUCACCCGAAGGAUGCGGUUAUUGCGACCGGCAAUGUUCUUGGCGAAGUUAUGGUGUGGUGGAAUUUCACAGUGCCUGUUGAGUCAGAGGACAGUACUACUUUGGAGGAAGACGAUGAUGAUAUAGCCUCGGAAACUCUUAUGGAAUCGUCAGGUCAAAUUGAGGAAUUCAAGCUAGUCAAUCCAAAACGCGUCAAGCGUUCGGUCAUGCACUGGCAUUCAAGAGAAGUGACUGCUCUUGCUUUUACUGCUGAAGGCAAGCAUUUAUUCAGUGGUGGUCUGGAAGGAGUACUCGUCAAGUGGGAUCUCACAGAAUGCUUUGGAGGUGUUCGUCAGCGUCGGUUUUUCCCUCUCCUUGCGUCACCCAUCAUUAGGAUCAGCAGUCCGGGAGGAGAGUCUGAAGAGACUGUUAUUGUGACCUUAGAGAAGAACUUACUCAAUGGUGCGCUCCAAGCCCUUUUUAAAAAAGACGGACUUUGCCAGACACCGCGGCGUUGGGCUCCUCAUCUGCGGAAACCGUCGAUGGAAGUACUGCCUCUGUCUUGUCUAAAUAAGGCUGAUGAUGCGUCCAUUCACCCAGAAGUACUUGUCAACGGUUCAAUGGGCGAACUGCAAGUCUUGGACUGUGCAAUCGGAAUAGUCACUGAUAAGGUAGGCACUACUAAAGUUGUUUAG